AUGACCUCCAAGUACGAGCUGCGCCUGCAGGGCCGCACCCACACUACUGUGUCUACGCGGCACCGCCUGCUCGCCCCUGCGCCGUUCCCGGCCUUCAUCUCGGUGCUUUACAGCAUUUUGUGCUGUCUGUGUCUUCCCUGCAGGAAGAAGACACGUGAUUUGGGGCAGAAAUCAAAGAAAGCACGUUCGACGGACGUCUAUGAUUACAGAAAUGUGGACAUGGAGAAGGUUUAUGGCCGCUUGAAAAAGAGGAGGGUGUCACAAGUGCCUUCUGUCUUUGAGAUAUUUCCCUGCCAAUGGACCCCAGAAUCAGCCAGUCACAUCAGGAAUGGAGAUAAUAGUGUGGACUGUACGCUGAAGGGCGGCUAUGCAGAGGUGAAGUGGUGGCAGACGUUCAACGAGCCGGCCAGUUUCGUGGCCGGCUACUCGGGCAACACCGCCAUAGCGCCGGCCAUCAACUCCUCGGGCGUGGGCGACUACAUGGCCGCCUACACGUUGCUCAAGGCGCACGCCGCCGCCUACCGCCUCUACGACGAGCAGUACCGCGCCACCCAGCAAGGGAAGGUGGGCAUCACAAUCAACGUAAUGUGGUAUGAACCCGCCACGGACGCUCAAGCCGACAUCGACGCAGCUGAACGCAAGAAUCAGUUCUACGCCGGGCUGUACGGUCACCCAAUCUUCACGUCAGAGGGCGACUACCCAGCUGUCGUGAAGCAGAGGGUGGCGGAGAACAGUCAGGCUGGGGGAUACCCCAGGUCCCGCCUCAUUGAGUUCACUCCGGAGGAGGUCGAGUACAUCAAAGGGACGGCGGACUUCUUCGGGCUGAACCACUACACCAGCUACCCCACCACCGAGGGCGUCAGCGGCUCCAACCCGUCCAUGGACCUAGACGCUGGCGCCGUGGCCGGCGACUACACGGACUAUCCGCUCGCUGCCUCUUCCUGGCUCAGGAGUGUACCGUGGGGCUUCCGCAAGACGCUCAACUGGCUGGUGCAGCAGUACCCAGGCUACCCCAUCUUCGUCAUGGAGAACGGCUGGUCCGACACGGGAGAGCUGGACGACCAGGGGCGAAUAGACUACUACGGUGCCUACUUGGCGGAGAUGCUGAACGCUAUGAAUGAGGACGGCGUCCCUGUAAUAGGCUACACUGCAUGGAGUCUUCUGGAUAACUUCGAGUGGGGCACCGGUUUCACGACGAGAUUUGGACUUCACUACGUGGAUAUCACUGAUCCGGAUCGGAAGAGGACUCCCAAGGCAUCUAGUAGAUUUUUAGAGGAGAUAUUCAGAACAAAAACUCUUCCUGCUAAAUAUAUGAUAUAGAUGGUGAAAUAAAGCUAUUGUUGGUAUUAA